CCCCCGGGUGCAAGGAGGAGCCUUCUCCCGCUGCCGUCGCCGCCGCCGAGGCGGAACCCACGCCGCCCGGGGCGGAGGGAAGAGGGACCGGCAUGGGGAGCCGGCGCCUAUUAUUACCGAGAACGCGGGCUGGCCUUGCUGGCGCCCUGUGGCCGAAACCAAGAUGGUCUCCACCGAAGCGACUCGCGGCGACGCAACACUCCGGCCGGCCCCGCGAGGAGAAGCAGGCGGCGGCUCUCUACGUCCACUGGCCAUACUGUGAGAAGCGCUGCAGCUACUGCAACUUCAACAAGUACAUCCCCCGAAACCUUGAUGAGACUAGAAUGAGAAACUGCCUCAUUCAGGAGGCUCGGACCUUGAUCGAACUCAGCCAAGUUCAGAGAAUCACGUCAGUAUUUUUUGGUGGAGGGACACCGAGCUUAGCCAGCCCACUCACGAUUGCUGCUGUCUUGGACAAUAUCUCUCAAUAUGCCUAUUUAGCAGAAGGCACCGAGAUAACACUAGAAGCCAAUCCCGCAUCAGCAGAUGCCUUGCGCCUUGCCGAUUUCCAGAAAGCAGGUGUCAACAGGCUUUCCAUUGGUAUCCAGUCACUGAACGAUUCAGAACUGAAGCUCCUUGGAAGGAACCACACUGUUUGUGAUGGUCUGAGAACUUUCGAAGAAGCCAAGAAACUCUUUUCAGGCCGAAUAUCUGUUGACCUCAUCUUUGGCAUCCCAGGCCACUCGGUUGCCUUAUGGAUGCAGAAUUUGGAGGAGAUGCUUGCAGUGUGUGAUGACCAUAUCUCUCUCUACCAACUGACCCUGGAGAGAGGCACAUCUCUUUUCAAACAGGUCCAGCAGGGCUUCCUGUCCUUGCCUGAUCCAGAUGUAGUAGCAGAGAUGUAUGAGUGUGCAAGGCACACGCUGAAGAAUGCAGGGUUUCAUCAGUAUGAGGUCUCCAACUUUGCUAGGAAUGGCGCAUUUAGUACCCACAACCUCUCCUAUUGGCAGGGCAGUCAGUAUAUUGGGAUUGGACCAGGAGCCCAUGGGAGAUUUGUGCCAUGGGGAGAAGGGAAGACCCAUCAAGAGGCCAGAAUACAGACCUUGGAGCCUGAUGUAUGGAUGAAAGAGGUGCCAGUCUUUGGGCAUGGGACCCGGAAGCGGACAGUACUGAGUGAAUUGGAAGUAUUGGAGGAGGUGCUGAUGUUGGGACUCCGGAUGGAUACAGGAAUCACACACCAGCAUUGGCUACGGUUUGCCCACAACCUCAGUUUGUGGGACGUAUUUGCAGAAUCAAAGGAGGUGAAAGAGUUAGAAGACAAUGGCUUGUUGGUUUUAGACAACAGGGGACUUAGAUGUUCUUGGAAAGGACUGGCUGUCCUGGAUUCUCUACUGCUGAUACUUCUUAACCAGCUCCAGAAGGCCUGGGUGAACAAAGACAAAACAUUCAGUCAGACUUGAAAUCCACAUGCUGUACUCAUCUAACUUCCAGGAGAGUAGAACUGAAAGGACAUCCUUUUGUUGGAGGCUGAAGAGUAUUUCCAGUUUGGAAAGUUAUUCAGCUCCAGGGGUCAGAUCCAGGGAAACACUUUCAUAUUAAAGGAAACCGUUUACAUAGAUUAGCCGAAUUCAAGACUUGGUCUAAACUAAUGCUGUGUCCAUGAGGUUUUGCCCUUUGUACUAAACGGAAGAUAAGUUGUUUUUCUUCUAGGGCCCAUGAUGACUUCUACAUGAAAGAAACCGGUCAGGAUAUAUUCUUAGGCUGCACAAUGAAUGGAUUAGAUGUGCUGUAUUUUUGUGAAUCCACAACAAAGAAAAGUUUCUACAAAAGGAAAUUACUUGAAAAUAACAAAAUAUUAGCAUACUGUGUUCAUAGGACAGCUCCCCAUACUUUUUCAGUCAGCGCUCGCAGUCACAAAAGCACUGUGGUUUUUUGUAUGAAAAACUUGUAGUUUGUGUUUAGAAACCCUGUAUUUUGUACAAAUACAGGCUUUUCAGUCUGAAAAACAUUUCCAUAGAUUUUUAUUUUUGCAAAGAAAGUGAAGAAAUUAAGAGAAAAAGCACAACAACUCUUAUAAUCUUGUUGAGUGGGAAGAACAUUUUUUGUCCCUACCUGAAAAAAAUAAAAGAUG